AUGGUGUCACGCCCACAGCGGCUGCAUAAAAGCGGGCGAAUCUCGAAUAGUUCGAAAAUCUACAAAAUGUUCCUCUUUUUGAUUUUGCCUCUAACGGCAAUAUUAGUGCCUUCAGCUUCGUCAGAAGCGUAUUGCCCUGAUGGUAAACUCGAAAAGUCGAUUACCGAUGAUAUACUAGACCUUAUCAAUAAACAACGAUCAACGUUGGCAAGGGGAAAAUUGGAUGACGGUACUGCGGCUAAGUAUCCAAAAGCGGACGCAAUGAACAAACUUGAAUGGGGCUGCAAUCUGGAGGAAAAAGCGAUACAAAAAUUAGGAAUCGACUGUACACGUACGACAACACCUGAACCUGUUACCGAUAAAUCAGGGAGUACCACUAAAGCAGCGCUCUACCAUGACGGUCUUGAUAAACUCGGGGUUCCGCCGAGCUCUGUGGUCUACCAGUGGUUAUUGGAGCAUAAGGCGGCUGCGCAAGCAACUGACCCUGGGAGCACUCAAGUCAUAAGGGCUAGUGGUGAUACUAGUUUCGAGCACUUCGCUGAUCUUAUGAAUGAGAAAACGACAAAGAUUGGCUGUGCAGAGCUCAUUUGUAAAAACGGAAGGAGACCCCUGUUAUGCCUAACAAACCAACCACCAAUUGAUAAUACUGGAAGUGGAGUUAUCUAUACGAUUAAUGCAACAAAAGCCUGUAGUGGUUGUAAAAAAAACAGACCGUGCAACAAAGAAACAAAAUUAUGCGAAGCGCCCGAGCAAUCAACCACAGAGGCCACAACAGAGGCCGCAACAACGACCACAACAACGGCCACAACAGAGACCACAACAAAGGCCACAACAACGGCCACAACAGAGACCACAACAAAGGCCACAACAAAGGCCACAACAGAGACCACAACAACGACCGCAAAGGCCACAACAACUACGGAGGCUUCCUAUCCUGGCGAGCUACCCACAGGAACGAAUACACGGUGCCCGAGCAAUGUCGGAAUGACUGAUGAGCUCAGGAUGCACUUCCUGGACACGCAGAACUACAGGAGGAGCAUACUCGCAAAAGGCCAAGUCCAAAGACCAAACGGAAACUAUCUACCAACUGGAGCAAAUAUCAUAAAACUGGAUUUAAACUGCAGUCUGGAAAAUGAAGCUAUUAAAGAAGUGCGAGAAUGUCCUACAUCCAAGCCACGGAAUCCAAACACUGAUAUGUAUGGUAAAAACUUUGACACCUUCGCAUCGAGUGCCGUUGUACCAACUUACAGAGAUGCAAUAAAAAAGGCUGUGACAAAUUGGUGGAAGGUGGUUCGUACCGGAACCAAUGUUCCAGGAAUGCAAGUGACAUUCCGCCUUAGUCAUGUGAAUCAACCUGUAGAAUCGUUUACUCAGAUUGCUUGGGCCAACACCAGAUACAUUGGAUGUGCAAUCGCCAAAUGCUCAUCUUCCUACACGGUCAUAUGUCUAUAUGAUCCAAAAGGUAACAACGUGGACGAACCAAUUUACAUGAAGGGAAGUCCUUGUGCUGCUUGUCCUACGACAUGCGACAGCGCUCUUGGACUCUGUGUGUAGAGAUCAUAACUCUAAACAACUAUACAUCACUUAUCCUGUCCUUUCGUUAGACUUUUCUACUAUGCGGGGGCACUUCAUCUUUCGUAGUCGCUUUAUAUUGUUUUUUACUCUUGCUAGUAAAUUCUUUCAUGUA